GUAGCGCUCCGGAGUGUCCAACGAAAAGCAGGGCAGAUAAUUAUGAGACAGAUGGAAAUUUCAACAAAGGGGGCGGAGCCAAGGACCCUCAAGCUAAUGUGAGAAAGACAGGUUUCGGGGACGCCAGUUGCUCUGGCGCAGUCCCCGUGAGACGUUGGCGCGAGAUGGAGGCGACCGUCAGGAUGCGACUGCUCCUUGUCGUCGGGACGAUGGGCGUGGGCGCGAGCAGCUUCCUGCUGCAGAUGCAAUAUUGCUUCGGGGAAAUCGGAUGUUUCGCGACGAACACCGACUUCUACCACCCUCUCCGGCCCACCAAUCCCACGCCCAUUUCCCGCGAGGACCUGGACCUGACGUAUCACGUGUGGAGCCGCGAGGACCAGCUGGGGACCAUGGUGCGCGCGGCCAGGAUCGCGGACAUCCUCAACACCACGCUGAAGGCCUCCAGGAAGACCAAGGUGCUCAUCCAUGGCUACCUCGAUAGCGAAGGAGCGACGUGGGUCUACGACAUGGCUGCCGCCCUCCUGCUCUACGGGGACUUCAACGUGCUGACGGUGGACUGGGGCGGCGGGUCGAGGGCGCUGUACGACCAGGCGGCCGUCAACGCGAGGGUCGCCGGCUUGGAGGUCGCCUUCCUCCUCAACUGGCUCGAGGCCAAGCUAGACCACCACCCGCGGGACGUCCAUCUCAUCGGCCAUUCCCUCGGCGCAACGUUCGCAGGAUACGCCGGCGAGAGGGUGAUCGGGUUGGGCAGGAUCACGGGCCUCGAUCCUGCAGGACCCUACUUCGAGAACCUUCCUCCCAAAGUCCGCCUGGAUCCUACGGACGCGCUCUUCGUUGACGUCAUCCACACGAACGGAGACCCACUCAUUCUGCAAGGCCUGGGCAUGAAGCAGGCGUGCGGGCACCUGGACUUCUACCCGAACGGCGGGCGGCAGCAGCCAGGGUGCAACGUCCCCCUCAGGGCCUCCUUCGACGUGCUAAAUCAGGGCAUUGAUAUCAACCACGGUUUUACCCUCGAGCAAAAGGUGGCGCUGACCUGCAGCCAUAGCCGCUCCACGCAGCUCUUCAUAAGCUCUCUGAUUUCGGGCUGCGAAUUUCAGGCUUACUACUGCCUCAGCCAUCUACUCUACAGGACCGGCCUAUGUCAAAUAUGCGGCGACGGGAGCUGGUGUGCUCGCAUGGGUAUUGAAGCCGAGAAGUGGAGAGGCUUGGGGCAGGCGGGUCGGAGGCUGGAACAGAUGUAUGUUACGACUACUGAUGAAUAUCCUUAUUGUUAA